ACCAUCCGAGUCUAUUUGCUCCUAAAAUUCUCGGACAAUCAUCUCAAUAUAAUACUGGUAUGCAUAUCCCAUGAUAACUUCAACAACAUUCUGGCCUGGCAUUGCCCUUGUGGGCGCCUGCUCGAUCUGGUGUGCUUAUGUGAACGACAUUGUUCCCGCGCCAUACUUGGACGAGGUCUUCCAUGUUCGUCAGGCUAAAGCGUAUUGCGACGGGAACUUCAAGCAAUGGGAUCCCAAAAUCACUACACCUCCGGGCUUGUAUUUAGCUGCGCUCCCUUACGCUCAUCUUCUUGGAGGCUGCUCUAUCCCAACACUAAGGGCACUAAAUAUUAUCUGCCUUGUUCUUAUGUUCAUUGUUUUAAGUCAUACUGGAUUCGAACCGCAAGUCAAAAUACGGUCUCGGAGUUCAAGGACUGGCGUUGCGACUCAGACCGCACUCAACAUCGCUCUAUUUCCUCCACUGUUCUUCUUCUCGGGCUUGUUCUACACUGAUAUUAUAUCCACUCUCGCCGUGCUGCUGUUCUUGAAGAUUCAUUAUGCUCGCUUGACAGCAUUGACCUCAAAAGACGGAACGCCGCAAGGCAAUCUACUCCGUGUGUCCCUGCUCAUUACACUGGGAUUAUUUGCAUUGCUUUGCAGACAAACGAACAUCAUCUGGGUUGGAAUAUUUCCAGCGAUCAGCACAGCUUUUGAAUUCCUUAAGAGUGAGGACUAUGGCGGCCGAGAGACGGAUCGCUGUGUCCGAAGUGUUGGAGAUGUUAUCCGCUGCAGCUGGGAGUCGCUGAUAGUUUAUGAUCCCCCUGUGGAGUUUGCUGAGAUAGUCGACUACCCCAAAGCCACCCUCUCAGUCUGCAUUGUUGCUAUCCGGAGAUUCCGCAUCUUAUUGUCCGCUGUCAUCCCUUACGUGGCUUUGCUUUUGAUCUUCUGCACAUCUGUCUAUCUAAAUGGCGGUGUCGUUCUCGGGGACAAGACGAACCAUGUUAUUACCCUUCACUUUCCCCAGAUGCUUUAUAUUUGGCCUUAUAUCGUGUUCUUCUCAUGGCCAAUAUGCAUCCCUGCGCUCUAUACUAGCCUUACAAGGAAGUCCUUUCCAAACAUCUGGGCUAUGUCACUAGUUUUGAACUUAGCUCUCGUUGCCGUCCAUUACAACACGGUUAUUCACCCUUUCAUAUUGGCGGACAAUCGCCAUUAUGUCUUCUAUGUGUUUCGGAUCCUUCGGCGGCACGUUGCCAUCAAGUAUAUUGUGACGCCUAUUUACGUCUUUUGCGGCUGGCUUGCUUUACGAGCCCUGGGCAACCGCUCCUCUGAAAUAAUCGACGCGCCGCUGGAUCCGAAACACUUGUCGGAAAAGACGGUCCGAGUUCGGCGUACCAAGGACAAUUCCUCGCCUCCUUGCACCGUGAGCUUCGUCCUGGCUUGGCUCAUUGCAUGCACGCUUUGUUUGGUAACGGUCCCCUUGGUGGAGCCUCGAUAUUUCAUUAUUCCUUGGGUGCUAUGGAGAUACCAUCUGCCCUCUAUUGGUGGAAUUGCGGCCAAGUCCUCAAGAGCAGCGGCAACGAGUGCAGUGGCGGAGCAAUCUUUUCUCCGCAAGGUCGAAGCAGCUAUCAUGGAUCAGCGAAUCGUCCUGAUCCUGGAGACCCUCUGGUUUGCAGUCGUCAAUUCUGUGACAGGCUACUUGUUUCUCUAUAAGGGCUUCAUCUGGCCGCAGGAGCCAGGGAAUCUGCAAAGGUUCAUGUGGUAAAAUUAGACCAACUCCGUUACGGGGUACGUCUGCAGGAACAGCCAUCCUUGAAUUCAUUGUCAUCCCUAUAUGAAUCAGGGAGUGAAGUGCCAGCUGCAUCUCUGUCCUGUCGACCAAGGCAACAACGAGCCAAUGAUUCAUCACGAACGAAACACUGCACAGGCCGGCUCCCACGACCUAUGGAGUCUUCCGACGUUCUAGAAUAUUGGUUUUGUCUUUGC